CGAUGGACACCAGAGACGAGUACAAACUUCCUGAUGAUCCAGAUGGGAGAACCAGGUAUGAUUGCGCUAUGAACCAAUGAAGAUCAGCAGAGAUCCACCGGCAGUGUUAUAAAGACUGCGGGAUGUCUGUGGCUGAUGAUGGAUGCGCGCGUGGCUGCAGGAUUUUAAUGUUUUCAGCGUUGUUGCAAUGCGGCGGAGACUCUGAUGACAGGAGAUAUCUGGACUAGUAAACGCUGGAGCUGCUGCUGCUGCUUUAUUCUGGAUCUGCACCUCUCAUCUGUCUCUGGCUGCGCAUUACGCGAAGGUCCGAGCCGCUCCAGCGCGCGUCUCCUCUCCAGCGCGUCCGUGCAUGAGUGCGAAGGACCUCAUUAAGACCUCAUUAAACCCCCGACGAUGACGAGCGCCGAUCAGGACCAGCAUCAGGACCAGACCGUGACGGUCACUAAGAAGCGCAUCAUUGCGCAGAUGUUUAAGGUGCGCAAAAGGAGAGAGAUGCUGCUGGCGCAGGUGGGUUUGGUCUGCAGCAUGCUGCUCGUGGCGUGGGGCAUGUCAGCCCUCCUGACAAGGACAGGCCACGGUAUGAUUGUGGAUGAACAGACAGAGUCACAUGACCACUGGGGUCGACGGCUAAUGUCAUCACAAUCUGAUAAUGAGACUGAGGAGAAAAACUGCACCAGUCCAGCCAUCCAUGAAUUUCCACACGAUAUUUUCACCAACACUGAACGAAAGAGUGGUGCUGUACUGCUACACAUUAUAGCUGCUCUUUACAUGUUCCUGGCCCUGGCCAUCGUCUGUGACGACUAUUUUGUGACAUCUCUUGAGAAAAUCUGUGAGAAGUUGAAUCUUAGUGAAGAUGUGGCCGGUGCGACGUUCAUGGCGGCUGGAAGUUCUGCACCUGAGCUCUUUGCGUCUGUUAUAGGGGUCUUCAUCACUCACGGUGAUGUUGGUGUGGGAACUAUCGUGGGUUCUGCAGUCUUUAAUAUUCUCUGUAUCAUAGGAGUCUGUGGGAUCUUUGCUGGACAGGUUGUCUUAUUGACCUGGUGGGCUGUUUUCCGUGAUUCAUCCUUUUACAUAAUGGCUGUAGUCGCUCUUAUUGUGUUCAUCUAUGAUGAGAAGAUUGUGUGGUGGGAGAGUUUAAUUCUGGUGGUGAUGUAUGCUGUCUAUAUUCUCAUUAUGAAGUUUAAUGCACCCAUGCAGAAAUUUUUCACAAGGCGAAGCGACCAAAAUGUUGCAAAUGGAAACGCAGCGGUUGGCAGUGAACUAGAAGAUGGUAAUGAAAGUGUAGAUGAUCCGUCUGUACCGCUGUUGUGUGAAGUCAAGUCGAGUAAGAUGUACAGUCGGGGUUCUGUUGUUAUGGUGGAUGAGAUCAUCAAUGCCAGUCCUCCACAUUACCGUUUCCCUGAAGCGAGUCUCCGUAUCAUGGUCACCAAUCACUUUGGACCCAAGACUCGUCUACGCAUGGCCAGUCGUCUCAUUAUAACUGAGCGUCAGAGGUUGGUCCAGGCAGCCAAUGGGGUUGAGACCGCUGUGCUGGACGGUAAACCUGAUAUUGAAAAUGGAAACGUACCAGAAGACAAAACUACUGAAGAUAAAGAGAGUGAACUGACCUCACCCUUCAGAGUACCAGGUGGCUGUAUGAACAAAACUAAAUGGUUGAUCUCAUGGCCAUUAUUGUUGAUCUUGUACUUCACCAUCCCAAACUGUGCCAGGUCUCGCUGGGAAAAAUACUUCAUGCUGUCAUUUAUCCUCUCCACUGUCUGGAUCGCUGUCUUCUCAUACCUGAUGGUGUGGAUGGUGACUAUCAUCGGAUAUACUCUUGGCAUUCCUGAUGUUAUCAUGGGCAUCACAUUUCUGGCAGCGGGCACGAGUGUUCCUGAUUGUAUCGCCAGUCUGAUUGUUGCUAGGCAAGGUCUGGGUGAUAUGGCAGUGUCUAAUACUAUUGGCAGUAAUGUGUUUGACAUUCUGGUGGGACUCGGUGUUCCCUGGGCUCUUCAGACCAUGGCAGUCAGUUAUGGAUCAGUUGUGAAGAUAAACAGUCGAGGGCUGCUUUACUCUGUUGUGCUUCUGCUGGGCUCUGUAGCUCUCACUAUUUUUGGCAUUCACCUGAACAGGUGGAAGUUGGACUUUAAGCUGGGUGUUUAUUUGCUAGUGCUGUAUGCCGUCUUCCUCUGCUUCUCCAUCAUGAUUGAAUACAACGUCUUUACCUUUGUCAACUUACCCAUGUGUCAAGACGAAUAAAUAUCCCAGAAUGCACCACCAAUCUUCUCUAAUGAUCUGGAUGUCACGACCAUCUUUCCUUCAGUUUGAUCUUCGUUCAGAACCAUCAUCACCUCAGACUGAAUGAAUGGGAAUCGUCUUCUCUGACAGUUUGACAGUUCCUUCACCCGGCGACUCCGUGAGCACAGCCACGACGGCACAAUCCGAGUCUGCAGUGCAUUAUGGGACGUAACGUGGCACCGCCGACCCAUGCAAUCUCCCUACGUCUGUUUCCAUGGCAACCACAGCCCCGUUUCGACCUGGCAGCUACUGAACCAAACCUCUGUGGAAAUAUUCCUGGUUGUUCAAGAGGCUAAAGCGGGACAUCGGUGAUUCUAGUUCAGUUUUGGGCCGUCACGUGUGCUUUUUUUUUGCUGAAUGAACAGUGGCUGGUGCUUCUUUAUGCAAUAUGCUUCAAAGGAAAACAAUAAAAGCAAUUUUUCUGGAAAACUGUGAAAUAGCAAUAGGAUUUGGGAAUGUUUUUGUUAUGCAGGUGUGAUUGUUCUCCAAGGGGCAUUAAGUUUCUCCUGAUGGUGCAGUGCCCUGAACUCUUGAGAUGAUAUUAGCGGGUAAUGAUGGAGACUGUGGAGAAGGUGUUUUUUUGUGAUGUUUGUGGCUGAUCUGACAACACUUCCGCUUUCCAACCUCACACAGACAGUUCAUCUGUUCAUACAGUACACAUCAUGUGUUUGCAUUUCUUUCUGACAGUAAAACAUACAAAACUAAGCAUUGAAAAAUCUUCUCUAGUGCCAUUUUGUCAAACCACAGGAACAAUAAAUCAAAAGAAUGAUUCAUUUAAUGAUUAUAUUUCAAUGAUCGUUUUUUAUAAAUGAUAUUAUUGUUUGUGGUUCUUCUUAUAUUUUUAUUACAAAACAAAGCAGUGUUAGUGUAAAAUAUAAAUGUCAUUUUUUAUUUAGGAAAAUUUUGCUUAAUUAAUGUAAAAAAAAAUCUUAAUGACUUGGAAAUAAGCUUUCUAUAUGCAAAUUGUAAUUCAUUAGGGGGAAAGAUGAGCUGAAUAUGUUCUGGCUUUGUGAGAUGUUGAUGAUGCAAAACUUUGCAAUUAAUAUUUUCUUUAAAAAAAAAGAUAUGUGCACAUAUGUUGAACAAUAAUUUGCAUGUAAAUGAUUUUCCAUCAGUUUUUGAUGUAUGCAGAUGGGAAAUGAUCUUUAUUCUAUGAUCUAAGUCACUUUUUAAAGUCUAAUUCAAAUGAGAUAAUUGUUGUACUUUACACUACAUGUUGUGGAUCGUAUGGGAACCUAAAAUAAGUGCACACAUAUUUAAUGAAAAUGUAUUUCUGUAUUUCUGUCGAAUGAAAGCGACCCCAUGCACUGUGAGGGUAAUGUGAUGUGAGAUUCAUGUCAAUAACAAACUGUAUGAUGAUCAGAAAAUAUAUCUAUAUUUAAUGUAAAGUUAGUCUGUAAAACAUAUGAAUGUAUUGUCAUGCUAAUGGAGAUAUCCAAACAAUGGAUUUUACUGUAAAGCAAUAACAUAAAAAGAAAAUAUAAAAGAAUUCUUGUACAUUUGUCAUAUGAAUCUAUAAGAAAGAAAUGUUUAAAAUAAGUGACAAAUUAAACAAUGCCAUUUA